ACUGUUGGGCUUGGAGCCCAGAAAUGUUCUGGCUGCUCGGCCGUUUCAGCGUUUGUGCACAAAGCGGCCUGAGUCCAACACCAAUCCAGUCAAGGAGCGAUUGAGUGACGGACGUGUCCGAAGGUUUAAAAGUCGUAUUCAUCAUCAUCAAAUCACAAGCCUGGCUCUCGAACCCCCAGCGGCCUGAGAUCUCGACUCGCCUCUCUGCAUCCUUCCAGUCCGUCUAUGAUGACAACCUUCGUGACGGGUACAGCAUGGAUUCCAUGCCCAGUUCGACUUGACGAGAACCGCAGAAUCCACGGCCUCCCGUUAAAGCGCUAGCUGGGAGAAGCUGACCCAUCAUUGGCUAUUCAGUUAGCUAUACCUAAGCAGAGCGUUUCCUGUACCCUGUGAGGCCGAUGGAUACUCCAACUUCCACGAACCUGCCAGCCCAGUACUCCUCCUCUGGGCCGGGCACCACCCCUGGCGUCGACCAGCCUCUCCCUCUCUUCCCUACUAUAUGGACUCCAAGGUUUAACCAAGCCGCUGCGUUGCUUCUUCCGGCCGACGCCACUGGGGGAGGCGCUGGGACCGAUGGAGCAGCUCCCUCGUCGCCUAGAGAGCCCAGUCCCACGGCGACCUUACCCCGAGCCUCAAACCCCUCCAGAAUCCGACGUCGCAACCGGAUGAUAACCUCCUGCCUCGAGUGCAGAAGGCGGAAGUUGAAAUGCGACAGACUCCAUCCGUGCUCCAGUUGCUCCAAGUCCAAACGCGACUGUCUCUUCCUGGCUCCGGCCACGGAUGCGGCGUCGCGGAUGAAGCUGACGGAGCUCAAAAAUAAGAUCGGGUCAUUGGAGCGUGGUCUUGAGCGGGAUGCAGCCGCGAGACAGGGGGUCGCGAUUAGACGGGAAGCGUCUGGCGACGCUAUCCAGGAAAGAGACCACGAUGGCCCCGGCCAAGCCGACGGGAUUGUGGAUGUAAUAGGGAAAGACGAUAGUCGGCUCCCGGUCCCGGAUGAUGAGAAGGACUUGGAACCUACACCGUUGGCCGUGCAGGAUGCGGCAUACGAUGAUGAUGCCGAUGACGAGUCGCUAGACCUAGGCUUCAAAUUGGGACGAAUGAGGAUGACUGAUAGGAUUGGAGGACUUUAUAGGCCAAUGAUUGCUGAUGAGCUCUCGGCCGCUUUGGGGACACUGCGUGUGUCUGAUACGCCCCAAAAAUUCGCACCAACUCCAUCAAUAGAUCCUCAGCUGCUGCAGGAGAUGUCGGCAGUAGGAGACAACCCAUAUUUUGAACCCAGCGCUUCAUAUGUUGCUCCCAGAUCUGCAAUGUUCUUUGACGGUUCCCAACGGUAUAUGUUGGCAGACUUUUUGCCGACAAGAGUGGCUGGCGACAGGCUGCUACAACAGUAUUGGGAAGCGGUGCACCCUAUUGCUAAAAUUGCCCAUCGUCAAACAUUUGAAAAGCAGUACAAUGACUUCUGGAUAAAUGUAUCAAACGGGGUUGAGCCGGCAUUCUCUCUCCAAGCGCUUGUCUUCGCCGCGAUGUUCAGUGCUGUCGUUAGCAUGUCAGAAGAUAUCAUUUUAAGCACAUUUGGCGUCCCCCAGAAGCGGCUUAUCGAGAAUUUUCAACUGGGGACCGAGAUGGCCCUAAGCAAAGCCAACUUCCUCAAAACGACCAAAGUGCAGACGCUUCAGGCAUUGGUGAUGUACCUGAUUCCGAUGUGUCGAGAAGAGAUCUCUCGAGCCCACUCCGUCCUUGUUGGGACGGCCAUACGGUUAGCUGAGUGCAUGGGACUUCAUCGUGACCCAGAAGAGUAUGGCCUUGGGCCGGUGGAAUGCCAUGUACGACGGAUGAUCUGGUACCAACUGUGUUUCCUUGAUAUCCAAACGAGCUUACUACAAGGACCACGUCAUUCAAUCCGGCGAGAGGAUUUUUCGACCAAAUUUCCAGUCAACAUGGAUGAUUCCGAGAUUUCCUCAGCUUCUACAGACUCCAUUGUAGACGCCCCUCGAUGGACGGAUAUGACCUAUAUGCGAAUUCGGAUUGAAUGCAACGAGCUGCGUCGGCUCCUCCUUGUCGACAGGAUCCGAAUUGAGAAGAGGCAAGUCAGUCUAACUCAAGUACUUACGAAAAUCGAGGCUUUUCGAAAAGCCACCUGUGCCAAAUACGGUCCUUUCCUUUUCGUACCUAAUCCCAAGCCCAUCCACCGAGCUGCGCAGCUCAUGCUGUCUAUUCUCCUGUGUCGCGCAUACAUAUCGGUGUUGCAUCGUUACGCAAACGGUGUUUCUAUCCGCAUGCCGGAUCGCUUGCAUCAAAUCCUCAUCAGCAGCGGUACCCAAAUGCUCGAAGACUCGAUCCAACUUGAAACUUCCCCAGACUUACGCGUUUGGGCAUGGUAUCAUGGUGCUUUAAACCAAUAUCAUGUCGCAUUGCUCCUUCUUAUGGAGAUUUUCGCUUCUCCAAUGCGACGAGAAGCCGAUCGGAUAUGGCGGUGCUUGGACUAUGUUUUUGAGACGUCGUCGUUGGCGCCCGACCUGGCUAACGAAGCUGGCUCCCAGGAUGUAUUUCAGCAGCGGGAUGCAAAGGCUCGUCUUAUCUUGACCGCUUUACGCGAUAGAAUGACUGUAUAUCGGGAGAUGAGAAAGCUGAAAAUUCCAAGAAGCAUGGUUGAUUCAAAGGUUCUGUUCUCAGAGCGAGAAAGUUCUGGAAGCUACACAGAACCGCCUCCUCUCCAGAGAGCAGUACCGAAAUCGUUGGCAUCCCGUCAAGCCCAAGGUAAUGAUAUCUCUGUGGCUUUCUCGAGCGAAUUGCCCGGUACUACCAGGCAGCAACAUUGUCAGAGGCCUGCGGAUCUUUCUUCUUUAAAUGAAAGCAUUGAAAGCCAGCCGGCAUUCCCGCAGUCGGAUACUUACGGUCAGCGGGUGCCAAUGUUAUCACCACCUCUUGCCCAGCCGCUCACCGAGCCUUCUUUCUUGAUACCGGGCGCUAUGCAACAACACUCUUCACUGCCCAGGCAGCCUGUGAGAGCGGCGAGUCAUGAUUCUGACCGAGUUGGGUCUGAGGAUUCAAGUAGUUCCAACUUGUGGUUUGUCUCUGAAACAGGACUGGGGACAGCCGGAGCUGCUUCGUCGAUCGAAAACAAUGGUGUAUCAGAUGCCGCUCCUCUAUUUCCACAGACAGCCAGCGGAAAACCUACUGCAGCAAUUGAUAUUGACUGGGGCGAAUGGGACAAACUCUUCCCAGCAGAUACCAACGGUGAUUUCAACAUUCUUCCUCCGUCCAUGAAUCCCUCUUUUACCACCUUCGGUUCUAGCGAGGCGACAACAGAACCGAUUUAUCCAGCUUAUCCAUGAUUAGUCCUGUGUUUUACCAGCCCAUUUCGCAACCACAAUUCCUGCUCUAAGUAUACCCCCAGAAGACAGCCAUCUAAAUAGCCACCCCGAGAUUCUCCACUUGGAAAACCCAGAGAGCCCAAAUGAAAUUAAUUGCUGAUCUUUUCGCUCCAAAAAGUCUGCCAGGCCAGGGAACACAUGUUCUGUGAUAUCCUCUAUCAUAAUGUUCUCUUCAGCAUAACCUGCGUCCCGCAACUGUGAUUUGUAUGUGGUUGGCGUAACGAAAUUAGAAAAUGGAGCUGAGAGAGAAGGCGUAAGUAACCGCAAAAGCAAAUUAUUCAAGACUGAUCUUAGACGAGAUGAAGGUGCUGCGAGGAAGAUGUCGAAUGCAAGAAAGUGAGCAUGGAGCACCGAGUGAGUAUACCGGAAAAUAUCGCGACGGGAUGGUCUAAAAUGGUACGCAGUGUCGAGAGCGAGCACAUAUCGUUCGGUAUUGAUUGGAUGAUUGCCAUGUUGCUCCUUUUCUUGCGCAAAAGCGAUAUCUAUGGCUUGUCGUAAUUCGCUGGACCAUGAGGACGGAUUUGCGGCGUCCCCGCAAAACAGCUGGACGGUUUCUGGACCAUGCGGCCGGGUCUGGUUUGAGCGCCUCCCAUUCUCCCCGUCGUGAUGCCUGGAUGCUGUUACUCUGGAAUUUGCAAACUCAUAUUGUGUUUUAUCCAGCGUGAUACCCACGUAACGCUGGAAUAAUGAAGCAGGCAUAUUCUCCUGCCGAUCUCCUUUCGUAUCGACAGUCCCUGUAAAAGUCCUGUUCAUCAAAUAUAAUGUCUGCUCGCCGCAUCCGAAUCCAAGGUCAAGCAAUACUCUCUUCACCAAGCCCGAAUCCUUACGGCCGGGCAAUUCAUAGUUUUCCCGCAUCUGGUUCACAAGCCCUGCAGAUUGGAGUAUUCGUUCUACAAGGGCUUCGCAUGCUUCUGGCAACUCUGUCGCGUCCUGGUUAUGUACAGGCUACGUUAGUUUGAGCAUCAUUCGCGUGCGUUGAUAGCAUCAAAAUUAAAUGAAUCAUAAAAGCGAUGCCAGUAUCAAGAGCAC